AUGCCUGAGCCAAGGUGUGAAAGGAGCUUUGUUUAUCACUGGAAAUCUAUUCCACUAGUAAAUAAAAAGAGCAGCACAGUAUUUCACAAAGGCAUAAUGGACUUCAAAAGUGUUUCACUUUAGAUCAAUAGAUGGCGGAUGUUUCCUAUGACUAAUGGAAUCUUUCUGCAGCAUUAGGUGAGAUGCCUGAAGCCAAGGUUACCACUAUGGUGCAAAGGCCUCCAAUAGAAGGUGGAGUUUCAGAAGUUGAAAUAAUUUCACAGCAAGUAGAAGAAGAGACCAAAAGCAUCGCACCUGUUCAGCUGGUUGAUUUUGCUUACCGGGAUUUGCCGCUAGCUGCGUUAGAUCUUUCUGUGGCAGGUUCCCAGCUCUUAUCAAAUUUGGAUGAGGAGUACCAAAGAGAGGGCUCUAACUGGCUUAAACCGUGCUGUGGGAGGCGAGCCACGGUGUGGCAAGUAUUUUUGCUCAGUGCGAGUCUCAACAGCUUCCUGGUAGCCUGCGUUGUCUUGGUGGUGAUUCUUCUGACUCUGGAACUCCUAAUAGAUAUAAAACUCCUUCACUUUUCAAGCGCACCACAAUUCGCUGGAGUAAUUCACUGGAUCAGCCUAGUCAUCCUCUCUGUGUUCUUUUCAGAGACUAUUUUGAGAAUUGUUGUUCUUGGCAUCUGGGACUACAUUGAAAACAAAAUAGAGGUAUUUGAUGGUGCCGUGAUAAUCUUAUCCCUGGCUCCCAUGGUCGCAUCCACAGUGGCCAACGGCCCAAGCAGUCCAUGGGAUGCUAUUAGCCUUAUCAUCACACUGAGGAUUUGGAGAGUCAAAAGAAUCAUCGAUGCCUACGUGCUACCAGUUAAAGUGGAAAUGGAGAUGGUGAUUCAACAAUAUGAGAAGGCAAAGGUCAUUCAAGACGAGCAGCUGGAAAGAUUAACACAGAUCUGCCAAGAACAGGGGUUUGAGAUCAGGCAACUGCGCGCUCACCUUGCUCAGCAAGACCUGGACUUAGCCGCUGAAAGAGAAGCCGCCCUGCAAGUCCCUCACAUGCUGAACAAACAGACCAGCAACCGAUACAAAGUGGUGGCCGCCGGAGGCGAUUCCGACGAUGAGGCUACUGAGAACAUCACGGAGCUGCGGCAACCCCCAGAGGCCAUGGUUAAAGAUGAUAUGAACAACUAUAUCAGUCAAUACUACAACGAACCCAGUAGUGACAGUGGCGUUCCCGAGGGGGGCAUCUGUAUCAUCACGACGGCCGCCAUUGACGUGCACCAACCCAACAUCUCCUCCGAUCUCUUCUCCGUAGAAGUGCCCGUGAAGCUCCUGGGGAACAGCGGACUGUCCACCAGCGUCGCCUCCAGGUCCACGGGCAGUUCUGUCACCCGAGCCCAGAGUGACAGCAGCCAGACCUUUGGCUCGUCCACAGACUGCAGCACAACCCGGGAGGAGUCGUCGGAGUAUUGCCCCUUGGAGCGGGCUUGCCACGAAGCCCAGCGUGCUCAGGUGGAGCCUUCGUCCACGCACAGCAGGGUCAACCACGCCGUCGUGCAAGAACUGUUCUCGUCCUUGUCCGAGGAUUCCUGCCUGACACAAAAAGGCCUCGAACUGGUGAGCCUCAAGUUUCCGAGCCCGACGGGGUCGACCAAAGGCAGCCCUGAACUAGAGCAUCGGGUAAAUAUCUACAACAAGAAGAACCAAGACAGCUUUGGUGUCUUUCAGAUAAGGCCGGUGAUCCACUUCCAGCAAAAUGCACAAGUGAUCGACAGGUAUACAUCUUUGGAAUCCAAAGAGCAAAGGUUAAACAGGGUCCCAGAGUCAUAGGGGUUUUGAAAAACCAGAGGGUCCUUCAGAAACUCUUGCUGAGAUCCUCAGAACCACCCCAGAAUGGGGCCCUUUGUGUGGAUUGGAAUAAACUGAAAAUUCAUUUUUUAAAAGAUGCAUGAGUUGUGAGAGCCAGCACGAAAAACUUGACAUUUCUACCAUCUGAAGCCCUUCGGCUUCACGCCAGUAGAGAUGGAGGGAGGGGAACUACUCUGUUAAAACAAUGACCUCAAAGAUGCAUAGAUUCUUAAUUUUUUAUUUUUAUUUAUUUAUUUAUUCGUUUUUUAGGAAAAAGCAUACACAAAUCCCACAAUUUUUAUGAACUCUGGACAAUCUUCUGUCAGGUCUGGUUUCAGCAGGGUAUGGUACAAGCAGAUAUAAACUUAUCUCCUCCUACAAUUUCUUACAAGUUUCCCUUUGUACAUGACAGCUCUGAACCCCUUUGUAUAAGUAUGGCAAUUAUUUUUGUUCUUCCUGGGGAGAAGAAAAAAUACAUUUUUCAAGGAGCACUUUGAAUGAUGCAAAUCAAAGAAAUUUAAAAAAAUGUGAUCUCUUUUUAUUUUUAGCAUGAACUUUGGGGGAAAAUAUUUUGACAAAACGAAAGUUCUUGCCUUCAAGAAAACAGAAUGAAAAGGGACAUUUUACAGAUAUGGUUUUAAUUAAAAACACUUUUUUAAAAAGAAUCUUAACGCACAUUCAUUUUUUUCUAGCAAUACUGCUGGUCAUACGGAGGUAGCUUUUGAUUUCAUACUUAUAUGUAAGAAGGAAUUUAAACCUACUGUAGUUUGAACCAGUUCAUUUUUUUCAUUUCUUUGUUGGUAUGUCCAGACGAACACAUUAUCUUCCGAAUUGCAUGUGUGUGUUUUUAAAGUUACUUUGCAGACCUGGGUCAGAUGAAGAAUCCAACGUGGCCUUUGGUUUUUUUUGCCCCCAGCAGCAUUAUUUUGUCGUGCUCUCCUUUACGAGACAACUUAAUAAUAUGAUCUGUAUGUGUUUACGAAGUCAAAGGAGUUCCAAUGCUGUGCAGUAGUGUUUGAUCAUUGUCCCCGAUAUUUAUUGAUCCUAUAGACUGUGUCAAUAAGGACUCUCUAGCCAUGACAUAAGGGACUUUGUAAGUUUCCCUGCAAUUGUAAGGUUAAAGACAAUUGCAAGUUUAAAAACA